AUGGGUGAGGUUGCUGCUGCUGGUCUUUUUUCUGUAUGGCAUUGCCAACCCUUGUUCUGUCCUCGUAGAGGCAUGCGUGCCGGAGCAGAAAAUUUGAAGGGUAAGCUGAUGAAGAAGCAGGACAGGCUUUGCCAUGUAAAGGCCUUGUUUAAUCCAAGUCAGCCAAAGAAAAAGGAGCCUUUAACCUUCUACUUUAGACAUACUAUUGAUGCCCCUCUCUAUGAGUCCCCUAGGGCUCCAUUUUAUCAAUAUUUGGAGGAUGAGCAAAGGGUUUUUAAAACAAUUUUUCAGGACGAGGAAAAAACUCAACUCAGUGAGGAAGAGUGGAGAAUGAAAAUGCCAGCCAUGCAAGUCUUGUUCUUGUCUAUCUUCCUUAUACUAUAUGUAAAGUUAAGAAUGAAAUCGAUGGGGAAAGACUACCCUUCUCAUGUUCCUCAAGACAUUUCCAAGGUUCUCGAGAUUGAAAUUACAAGAUGGGAGCUCCUAGGCCCCUCAGAUUAUGAGCCAGGUGAUUUUAGCCUCACUAUCAAAGGAGCCAUAUACUCUGAAAGACAAGGAGCACAAAGCUGGCUUAGAAACAUAUUUAAUAUCAACAUAAGCUUCAUUGUUUCACCUCUGCUUGCUUGGGUCCCGGAUGAUGUUAUGCGAAACAUUACAAAAACGCUUGUGAAGACGACGAUGGACGAUGUGAAAAUAAAUGCCAGGCUGCUAGCAGAUUAUGACAAAUUCAAAACAGAGAAGCUCAAGAAUGUGGCCUAA